AUUACAGAGUAAAGAAACAGUAUAUAAGUAGAUAUAUAUAUAUCAUACUCGUCUUGACUUAUUACAACUUACUGCAAAGAGAUCGCAACUUCUGAUAUUAUGUAGAAAAGUUUUGCGGUACUCUAUUACUUCUUUAGAAGGUGUGGAUAAAACUUACAGCGCAGAACAUUUGUCGGUUAACUAUACUUAAUAGAAGCAAAAAACAAACAUUUAUGGUUUUAAAGUUUUGUGAUUACAGUGAAUGUGGAUCUAUGUUACAGAAGUAUUAAAUAAGAGAACGUCAACAAUUAGAGAUUAUUUUUGUCAGAAACUAUGUUCUAAAGUUUUGUGAAUUCUGAUGUGGAUUUAUGUUGCAGAAAAAAAUAAGCAUUAAUUAAGAGUACGUAAAAAGUUUGAGGUAAAAAAAAAAUUUCACAAGAAAUUAUGUUCUAAAACUAUCGAGAAAAGACCUUUUGUGUAAAUCACGAGAAUUGUUUGAGACUAACCAUCUUAAAUCAACAUUUGAUAAAAUCUGAAUACUUUGGACCGCCAUCUCAGAUAUAUCACGGUUAUUAUAGAACACAAAUAUUAGAUUAUCUUAAUCUAGAGAUUAACCCAGACAGAUAAUCUCAGUGGGAAAUUUAUUAGAACACAGAACCAGAAUACAUCCAUCUGGACUAAAAUCAAAAACAAAAUGGCUAAAAUGGCAGCGACAGAUACACACCUGAAAGAAGUCGUUAGAUUGAUUACGGGAAUGAUCGGAUUUUUAUGUUUCAUUGGACAAGUUACUGGCGUUCACAUUCCCAAGUUUCAUAUCCAAUCAUUAGAUGCUAAAUAUAAUCUUGGUGGAGAUGCUGUUUUAAAAUGUAAGGUGACCAAUACAGGUGGGAGAACGGUUGUGUGGAGAAAAUUAUCAGAUCCAUUUCCAAUAUCAAUUGGUACAAAUAAAUUCACACAAAGCUCUAAAUAUCGUAUCCGCAACGUGCUCAGUAGUGCCACGUGGUCUUUAACAAUAAGGAAACUGGAAGUGGCGGAUGCUGGGGAUUAUGAAUGUAGAGUUACAGGUCCUGGGAAUUAUGCAAUGACCAUAUCACUUAUUAUACCAGGUGAUGAAAAUACUCACUUUCUAUCAGCUCCAGGAGAUAUAACAUCGUCCAUCGGAGGAACAAUUAUAUUACCUUGUAAAGUUAAUCACCUUAAAAAACAUAAGGAUAAUUAUCAGGUUGCGUGGUUAGAUCAACAAGGGCAAGUAAUCAGUCUGAGGAAGAAAGUCAUGAACGGCGACAGAAGUUUCAGAGUUAUCCACACAGCACGUGAAGAAUGGAGUCUGCGGAUUAAAGGCGUGCGAGAAGAACACUUUGGCCGCUACACAUGUCUUGUAAAUUCCGACCCUGUUAUCUCCAGAUCUGUUUUAUUAAAAAAUGCAGGGCCAUCGGUGUCAUCACCGUUUUUAAAUCUACCAACUGGAAAGAAAACUGCAGAGGAAGGAGAAACAGUGGAAUUACAAUGUUUAUUCCAAGGUUUUCCAGAACCAAAGGUUACCUGGUAUCGACGUGUCAUACGAGACGGCAAGAAGAAGAAAGAAGUUUUAAGGCACAAAGGUAUGACUCUACCAAUAACGGAUGUGACGACAGAAGAUGCUGGCGAUUAUUAUUGUACAGGAAAAAAUGGAGUAAAACCAUUAUCAAGAGGGAAAAUUAAACUUGAAGUUAAUGCUAAAGCAACAACGAUCCCACCACCAACAACACCCUUUGUACCCAGUGGUCCCGGUGCACCCCGGGUAAAUGUGGUUCAAGAGAAAGUGGGACAGAGAAAAGGAAAUGACGUAUAUGUGGAAUGUUUAGCAAUUGGCGAUCCUAUACCUUCCGUUUACUGGAAGAGGCACAGUAGUAGAAUUUACGACGGUUAUAAAUAUAAGGCGUUUAAUACGAUAAAGGACUCAUUUACGUUUCAUUCUAAAUUAAGAAUACGAUCAGUUCUGGAUGAGAACUAUGGAGAUUAUGAAUGUGUUGGAGUUAAUCAUCAUGGUAGUCAAGUUUCAGUUGUUAAUCUUUAUGAAACCACAGACUAGAUUUCAUGCAAACGGGAACAAAAGUGUACAUAAUGUAAAAAAAUGAACAAACAGUGAUGAACUUGACUUAAAAUAUUGUGGUGAUGUUUGUAAAAUUGGAAAUCAUCAACGUAUUUUGAAGCUGACAGGAAACCUUACUACAAUUUUCUGUAUUCGAAAGACCAUCAGAAUGGAUACGAGCAAGCUUCCAUGAUACCUUCCAGCAGCAACUUCCGCGUACCAGGCCGCAAAAGUUUCGCCCCCACCCCUGUGAAAAAAUUGUCGAUCAUAUUGUCCGUCAAUUUCACAGCACUCCUGUGAACAUUUCCGGCCCCACUCGUUGCUCUGAGCUAGUUACGGCCCUGUCGGGUACUUAUACAAAUAGUGAUACUAAUGGAUUGUAUUUCAGUCUACCGUAGAGUCUUCAAGUUCUAAGUAUUUCUGUUAAUGUCAUUCCCGCCUACUGUAUGUGCGGCUGCACAUCAACGAUUAUAUGUCUUCAGGUUUCACCAUGGACGAAACAUUCAGUUAUCCAAUAUUAAGACCGGUGAGCCAAGAAAUAAUUUCUUGCUCAUUUGAACUUUUAUUAAAAGUUGUAACCAUUCAUGAACUAUAUUAUAUGAACAUUAUAAAUAGACGAUGACGGAAAAUGUUUCUUGGCCACAAACACCCCCUUUAAGCCAAGCUUAAUAUACUCACAUAUAUUUAUAAUAAUUUUAUUACUAUUUAUUUAUUGUUUAAUCUAUUCGGACAAGACAGGAAACAAUAUAGAUAUAAAAGUCAUGUUUAAGAUCAAAUAAUAAAUCGUUUUAAAU